UUUUUGACCGAAAGACUGUUUGCAGAAAUUGUUAUUAAUAAAAUAGUGAAAAGCAGCUAAACAAAGAACAAACUGUAUGAAUUUAUAAAAGAAUAUGCGCUGAAUUCUUUUUGAGGAGACAGGCAAAGAUGUAGAUGGUCGUAAAGCCAUUUCUUCAAUUAGCUGCAGCAGCAGAAUUUUAACAUUACCGUUAAUUGACUUAAAAUUUAAAACUACUUAUCAAUAACUUCUAAUUUUAAGAUAUAUUGUGUAAAUUGUAUCAGAUUUACAAAAAUUAUGGAUUCGAAUAAUUUUUUUAAACAAUUCCAUACAUACAAUUUUGAAGUUCGUUUAAUGUCAAAUACAAAACCAAAAUGUCCGAAUCUCAUCUAAUUUGUCCUCCGUAUAAUUACUUGAGAGAUGCAAAAAUUUACAACAAAAAAGACGAAAUCGUACCCUGGCACUGGAUCGAGGAGAACGCCGAUAUUCUCGUCCUCCUAUUCACCGCUAAGGGGAUAGAUAAAGAUGGAAUUAUAGAAAAUUUCUAUAAGAUUUACGAGAACGUGAAACACCGUAAUUUCCCUUUAGAAGUGAUUUAUGUGCCCACGGACGAAACCGAAGACGAUAUGAAGGCGUGCUAUGAGGAGCAGGCGAACUGGUUUACUCUUAAGCUUUCUGACAGCCUGGUACCGGCACUCGUGUACAUAUAUGAAAUAACAUGCAUUCCACACGUUUUGGUAAUCAAUGUGAACGGUAGCGUUAUUUCAAAACACGGUUUAAUUGAUUUGGUCGAAUAUGGUAAAAACGCUGUCGUCUCGUGGCUUUCCACAUCCGGGCCGACCAAAAAUCAUAGAAGGGUAAGCAAAGAUGCAGCGAUGUACGGGACGGAGUGGCGCUUCCACAAUGCGUUCAAGCCACACGCGCAGUACAAGAAAAAAUUCAGCGACUUAGCUGAAGCAACCUCCAAACAAACAUGACGUCCUAGUACUUUUGUAGAAGAAAUUGACUAUUAAAAUUAUUAACACGA